AUGGCAUCCUAUGAUGUCGAGGCGCUCCUCGAGGAGACUGCGAAGCAAGAUGUGAAUAUGGAGGAUGCGCCAUCCGUUCAGGCAGCAGCCGACGGUGCCAGCGACGAAAAGCCCAACGGCGAGUCUCGCCACCGAAGCCGCGAGAAGAGCCGUGACCGCGAGCGCGAGAAAGACAGAGAUCGUGACCGUGACCGCAGCCGCGACAGAAAGCGACGCGACCGUGAUCGCAGCCGUGACCGGUAUAGCAGCCGUCGCGGCACCCCAGAUGCCGAGAGGACACCCCGCAGUGAUGCCGGCAGCCAUAGGAGCAGUAGGCGCCGGAGUAAGAGCCGGGACCGCGAGGAUCGGUCCUCACGCCGCCACAGGGAUGGUGACUAUUAUCGCGGCGGGCGUCAUGGUCGAUCGCGCUCUCGGUCCCCGGGCGGACGUUUCUACCGCCCUCGAGACCGCGACGACCGGCGGGAUUAUAGGGAACGCCGAGAGCGACGGGAUGAUGACCGAGAUCGUCGUGGCGGCCGGACGCCUCGCACGGAUAAGGAUGCUAGCGAUCCUACGCCGCCGCAGCUCACCGAGGAUGAGAGGGAUCGCAGGACCGUGUUCGUCCAGCAGCUUGCCGCUAGAUUGAGGACGAAGGAGCUCAAGGAGUUCUUUGAAAAGGUUGGCCCCGUAUCUGAAGCUCAGAUCGUCAAGGACCGCGUCAGCAACCGAUCCAAGGGUGUCGGCUAUGUUGAAUUCAAGGACGAGGAAUCUGUGCAGGCUGCUCUACAGCUUACUGGACAAAAGCUCCUAGGUAUUCCGGUCAUCGUCCAGCUCACCGAAGCUGAGAAGAAUCGACAAGUCCGCGAAACGGGCGGCUCCGGCGGUCACCCCAACUCGAUCCCUUUCCACCGUCUGUACGUUGGCAAUAUUCACUUCAGCAUCACUGAGCAGGAUCUUCAGAAUGUCUUCGAGCCAUUCGGCGAACUCGAGUUCGUCCAGCUUCAGAAGGAUGAUACAGGACGCAGCCGCGGCUACGGAUUCGUGCAAUUCCGAGAUGCCGGCCAAGCACGUGAGGCUUUGGAGAAGAUGAACGGAUUCGAUCUUGCCGGUCGACCGAUCCGCGUCGGACUUGGAAACGAUAAGUUCACCCCUGAAUCCACUGCCAAUCUCCUGCAGAGAUUCCAGGGCCAAAACCAACAGUAUCAGGGGUCUGCUUUCUCGGGCGCUGGUGGCCGUGGUGCACCGACAUCCAACUUUGAUCGUGCCGGUGCCCGUGAUAACGACAAGGGUACUGGCGCGAGCGCUCUGGACGACACCGACGUUGCUGGCGUCAAUUUUAACAACUACAGCCGGGAUGCUCUUAUGAGGAAACUAGCGAGAACUGAUGAGCCCCCGAGCGCAAACACUGAGCGACAGAUUCUCAAACCGAAGACGGAGCCAAAGCCGCUGCCCGUCAGCGUCAGCCAGGCCAGCCGCUGCGUUGUUCUUCACAACAUGUUCGAUCCCGAUGAGGAAGAGGGAGACAACUGGGUGAAGGAAUUAGAGGAGGAUGUUCGUGAGGAGGCGGAGAACAAAUACGGCCACGUCGUCCACAUCUCCGUCGAGCCCAACUCCAAAGGAGAUAUCUAUCUCAAGUUUGACAAGGUGCAGGGAGGCGAGAACGCGAUCAAGGGCCUUAACGGUCGCUACUUCGGCGGCAGGAUGAUCACUGCUGCGCCGGUGGUAGAUGCCGUCUACGCCAGUCUAUUCCGAGCAAACUCGAAGGCUUUCUGA